GAGAAAUCUGGGCACACUAAACUAAACUGUUUCGGGAGAGAAGUCAAAAUGCCGCUUGCUCAAAUCGCGGAGCCAUGGCCCACCAUGGAACUAGUGCAGCUGGAGACGGAGAAUGGGCAGAGUACCACUGAAGAUGGAGUCACGCCUACUGUCAAGGAGGAUGCAGACAUCAAGGAGAUCAACAUCACCCAUGUUGUCAAAGAGGGGUCAGAGAAGGCUGAUGCCUCCCAGUUUGAAUUGCUGAAAGUCCUAGGCCAGGGAUCCUUUGGCAAAGUGUUCCUGGUUCGAAAGGUAACCCCUCCUGAUGCAAAUCACCUAUAUGCCAUGAAGGUGCUCAAAAAAGCAACGCUCAAAGUGAGGGACCGGGUGAGGACCAAAAUGGAAAGAAACAUUCUGGCGGAUGUCAACCAUCCAUUUGUUGUCAAACUGCACUACGCGUUCCAAACAGAGGGGAAGUUGUACCUGAUCCUGGACUUUCUCAGAGGAGGCGAUCUCUUCACCAGACUGUCCAAAGAGGUGAUGUUCACAGAGGAGGAUGUGAAGUUUUACCUGGCAGAGCUGGCAUUAGGUCUGGACCACCUCCAUGGCCUGGGGAUCAUAUACAGAGACCUCAAACCUGAGAACAUUCUGCUGGACGAGGAGGGACACCUCAAACUUACAGAUUUUGGCUUGUGCAAAGAAGCCAUUGACCAUGAGAAGAAGGCCUACUCUUUCUGUGGUACAGUGGAAUACAUGGCGCCAGAGGUCGUCAAUAGGCAGGGACACAUCCACAGUGCCGACUGGUGGUCAUUUGGCGUACUGAUGUUCGAGAUGCUGACAGGCACCUUGCCAUUCCAAGGGAAAGACCGCAAAGAAACUAUGAACCUGAUUCUGAAGGCACGUUUGGGAAUGCCUCAGUUUCUCAGCGCUGAAGCCCAGUCUCUGCUUAGGGCUCUGUUCAAGAGGAAUCCUGCCAACAGACUGGGGUCUGGUGCUGACGGUGUAGAGGAGAUCAAGCGACACUGCUUCUUUGCCACCAUUGACUGGAAUAAACUCAUCCGCAAAGAGAUAAAGCCUCCUUUCAAGCCAGCCGUGGCUCGUCCAGAUGACACCUUCUACUUUGACUCAGAGUUCACCUCCCGCACUCCUAAAGACUCCCCUGGCGUGCCCCCAAGUGCUGGAGCCCACCAGCUCUUCAGAGGUUUCAGCUUCGUUGCCUCGUCAAUGUUGGAGGAGGAGGGAUCAGAUGAGCCAACCCAGCUACCACCGCACCCUGUGGUCCAGCACUUACAUGGGAAGAACUUGUUGUUCAGCGAUGGCUACCUGUUGAAGGAGGACAUUGGCAUGGGAUCCUUCUCAGUCUGCAAACGUUGUAUCCACAAAGCCACUAACACAGAAUAUGCUGUUAAGAUGAUUGACAAGACCAGUACAGACCCCUCUGAGGAGAUUGAGAUUUUACUUAGAUACGGACAGCACCCAAACAUCAUUACACUAAAAGAUGUUUACGACAAUGGUAAGCAGGUGUUCCUGGUGACAGAGCUGAUGCGUGGGGGAGAGCUGCUGGAUCGGAUCCUCAAGCAGAAAUUCUUCUCUGAGAGAGAGGCCAGCGCUGUGCUCCACACCAUCGCCAAGACCGUGGAGUAUCUCCAUUCACAGGGGGUGGUACACAGAGACCUGAAGCCCAGUAACAUUCUGUACGUUGAUGAAUCAGGGAAUCCCGAGUCGAUCAGGAUCUGUGACUUUGGCUUUGCCAAGCAGCUGCGUGCCAACAACGGCCUGCUGAUGACCCCGUGCUACACUGCUAACUUUGUAGCUCCAGAGGUGUUAAAACGUCAAGGCUAUGAUGAAGGAUGUGACAUCUGGAGUCUUGGAGUUUUGCUGUACACCAUGCUGGCUGGUUUUACUCCUUUUGCCAAUGGACCAGAGGACACACCAAAUGAAAUCCUGAGCAGGAUAGGCAGUGGUCACUUCAGUCUGACUGGAGGCAACUGGGAUGCUGUCUCUGACACAGCCAAGGACCUGGUAUCGAAGAUGCUUCAUGUGGACCCCCACCAGAGACUAACAGCCAAGCAGGUCUUCAAACACCCCUGGAUUAUGCAAAGAGACCAACUGCCCAACAGCCAGCUACCACACCAGGACCCUAAACUGGUCAAGGGCGCAAUGGCGGCCACCUACUCUGCCCUGAAGAACUCUCAACCAACUCCAGAGCUCAAGCCCAUUGAGAGCUCCUUCCUGGCCCAGAGACGUGUCAAGAAGCUGCCCUCCACUUCCCUGUAGAGACUCCAAGCCAUCAAAUCAGCUCACUGGAGACUGACCAAAACCACACACCCCUGGCUCAAACUAUCCAGUCAGCUUGCUUGGGGGACUAAUGUCCCCCCUGUUCUCACCAGCAAAGGAACAGUGACUGUGGUCCUGCCUCCACCUUGUGGCAUCGUUUGUCCCGUUCUUGCUAUCGUCACCUGCUGUUAGUCAAUGUCACUGUACAAGCAAGAGGACACGAAGGUGGAUGGGGUCACCAAGGCAAAAAAAAAGAAAAAAGGAUGCAGGUGUUUGGCAGAUGUGUUAGCGCUAUGUGCGUGUAUGCACGUGUGUGCAUGUGUGACCUGCCACAGAGUUAAUGCAGCCAUGUUUUUCAAUAGUGAUACUGAAAGUGUUUUCGUUCCUCAACAUUGACGUGAUUGGUUGUCAUUCAGCUUUCUGCACGCCUGUCUGUCUGCCUGUUGUGUCGUCUGUCUUCCUGUUCUUUUCCUCCAGUUGAUGAGCUUUAUAUAUUGAUAGUGCUGCCAAAUCAACCUGUGCCGACAGCACCAAACCACAGUACUGUCCUUACUGCUGUUAAAAGUUUUUAGAAAGAACAUUAUCAACGUGAAUAUUAUUGGGAAAAAAAAUAAUUCUGCCACAAAUGCCUCUUUGGUUUUGGUACAGCUAGAAUGUGUGAAUUCUGGAAAAAUGUCAAAUGCUGAUAUUUUGGUUAAUGUCAAUCGAUGCUUGUACUGUGUUGGACAGAGAAUGUAUGUGCGUCUAUGUGUGUGUGUGUGUGUGUAUGUGUGUUAGUUGCAUGACUUGCAAAGCGUGUGUGCGUGCGUGUUUUGUCUUGUGGGAUGCUGCAGGGUUCAUAUGCAUGGUCCAGUGCCGUGAUGAUGUCUUGUGGCCUCCACGUCCCUCUCCCUUCCCCUCACUGCUUGGUCAAUCUGCUGGCUACACUUUGAGAUAUGUUUGUUAUUAUUUUUAUUACUUACAUUAAAAAAAAUAGAAAAUUAGGUGGCUUUCUGUGAAAGAAAUUUUCCCCAGUAAUAUUGUGGCAUGUUAAAUUCUCUAUAUUUUCUUGGUUCUCUUUUUUUUUUCCUACUGUGUUUUUCAAAUAAUGCAUAAUGAAUAAUGUUUCUUGUGUUGACUGCUUUUGUUUUUAGGUCCAAAGAAAGGGGUGAUUAAAGAUGGUGGGAAAUGAUGUAGAGUAGUACAUAGGAGGAAAUCAGUCUGCUGCGUUAACGCCAUGCAGUUGUUUUGUUCUGUUUUGAAAUGUUAAGCUGAGGUGGGGCUGACUGUUCUCUUGAUUGAAUUGAGCACUCCAGUCGAUUUGUUAGCAUCACCCAGAGACCCUCACCAGGGAAACCCUUCAAUGCACUCAUAAUUUCCCCGGUAUUUGCUUAUCUAGCUCGUUUGCGAUCUUUGCAUAGCCGUUGAUUCACUGAAUGUGUAUUGUGUAAUUGACUUUGACAGCUAACAUCUGAGACAUCCCGAGAAAGCUCACUACCUGCUUUUCUCCCGUUGGGAUUUAGUAAAAGAUGGAUGUGUCUCACUGCAAGUAACUUCAUAGAGUAGGUUUUGCUUGAAAUUGGUGCCUUGGCCUACAGGUUUGGCGAAGUGACUUGCAUGGAAAACACAUUAUCACCACGCAGCCAGAUCGUACUUUUACAUCUAAUGAAAGGGAAGACCUGAGUUGCUAAAUAAACCACGAGCCAGCCGUCUCACCUCUUGGGAUCAGAAUUAUGUGAUUCUUGUUCAAUGGCAAAAGGCUCCCUCCUUCGACUAAGGCAAGAUGUUGUAUCAUAAAGAUUUUUAUAUCUCACAGAUAAUGAAUUAAAAAUCCAGUUGCUAUGACAAAAUA